AUGGCACGAUGGGGAGAUGAGAGAACUAUACAGUUCAUUCAUUUGUACAGAGACUACGAAUGUCUUUGGAAGCCGACUAGCCCGCUUUACAAAAACAAAAUAGCACGUGCCAAUGCCUACACCAAAAUACAAGAAGAAUUUAGUCUGACUGAAAAAGAAAUUAAAAAUAAAAUCAAAAGUCUGCGAAGUACUUAUCAUCAAGAAAAGAAUAAAGUGGAAAAUUCAAAACGAUCCGGAGCUGGAUCCAGUGACAUUUACAAACCCAGUUUGAUUUGGUAUAUGGAAAUGGAUUUUAUAAAUGAAAAUUUCGAAUAUAGAAACUCAAUCCAAACCGCUGUUGUACAACAGUCCUCUCAAUCGAACACUGAAACAGAAACAUCACGCUCUCAAAGAGGUACUUCAUCAAACCAGCAAUCCUCCUCUCAAACAGUCAACCCACCAAACAACGAAACAUUCUCUGUCGCAGUCGACCAAUCACACUCAUCCAAUCAAGCAAGCAUUACAAACGAGCAAGUAUCAUCACCCUCUCUCCAGGACCAGCAAUCCUCCUCUCGUACUGCAGCAGUGAACCGACCACACAAAACUAGUCAGACUAAGAAAAAACGUGUAGAGCAAAACGAAACCUUAACUGCACUUCAACGCCUGGAAAAUAUUGCUACUGCAAUCAAUAAUCCUGCAUCAAAUGAAAAAGAAAAAGAUGAGUUUUAUUAUUUCGAACAAAAUGUUGCUGCUCAGUAA